AUAUGACCCCGAUGUUCUCCAGUUCCACAAUAGCAACUGACCCCUCCCGACGUGUAUCCGCCCGUUCGCUCGGUUCAACGCCGGAUUAUUUUCAGCUUUCGACCCUAGUGUAGUCGGACCAUUCGCUUGGAGGCUCGAGCUAUAAAAUGCAUCUGAAAGCUCGGAACUUCUUCAGGAUCCAGUCCCCACACCGUACAGGCAAAAUGAAGUCCUUCGCUGCUCUCUACGCCCUUGUUGCCCUGCUCCCUGCUUUGGCCAGCGCUCAGUCAGCCGAAUGGGGACAAUGUGGUGGCAUUGAUUGGACUGGCUCAACGUCCUGUGUGGCCGGCUCGACAUGCACCAAGUUGAAUGACUAUUACUCUCAGUGCAUUCCUGGUACAGCCGCACCUCCAUCCUCGUCUAACACUCCUCCUCCAACAAGCCAACCUGGGUCUCCUACCUCCGCACCUACCUCUGCGCCCACGUCUGCUCCCACCAGUGCCCCCUCUGCAAGCAACCCUUUCGUUGGGGUCACACCAUACUUGAGUCCUUACUACGCCAAUGAAGUCCAGCAAGCUGCUGCUGCAAUUUCUGACGCAACCCUCAAAGCGAAGGCGGCUUCAGUAGCUAAUAUCCCAACCUUCACGUGGUUCGACACUGUCUCUAAGGUUGCAGAUCUCGGCACAUACCUCGCCGAUGCUCAGAGCAUCCAGAAUAGCACCGGCCAGAAGCAGGUUGUCCAGAUCGUCGUCUACGAUCUCCCCGAUCGUGACUGCGCUGCCAAGGCUUCCAAUGGAGAGUUUAGCAUUGCUAACAACGGUCAAGCUAACUACUACAACUACAUCGAUCAACUGGUUGCUCAGAUCAAGAAGUUCCCUGAUGUCCGUGUCAUCGCUGUCAUUGAGCCCGACUCUUUGGCCAACCUAGUCACCAACUUGAACGUCCAAAAAUGUGCUAAUGCCCAGACCACCUACUUGACUUGCGUCAACUACGCCCUCAAGCAGCUUGCUAGUGUCGGCGUCUAUCAGUAUAUGGAUGCUGGUCACGCAGGAUGGCUCGGCUGGCCCGCCAACCUGACCCCCGCUGCUCAGCUCUUCGCUCAAGUGUUCAAGGACGCUGGAUCCUCUCCCUUCAUCAAGGGUCUCGCUACCAACGUUGCCAACUACAACGCCCUCUCGGCUGCCUCGCCUGACCCCAUCACUCAGGGUAACGCAAACUACGACGAGAUCCACUACAUCAACGCUCUCGCACCCGUCCUCCAACAGCAAGGUUUCCCCGCCACAUUCAUCGUCGACCAAGGUCGUUCCGGUCAGCAGAACCUCCGUCAACAAUGGGGUGACUGGUGUAACAUCAAGAAUGCCGGUUUUGGUACCCGCCCGACGACAAACACUGGCUCUCAGUUUAUCGACUCCAUCGUUUGGGUCAAGCCUGGAGGAGAGUGCGAUGGUACUAGCAACAGCUCAUCGCCUCGAUUUGACUCUACGUGCGCUUUGUCCGAUGCUGAUCAGCCAGCUCCUGAGGCUGGUACCUGGUUCCAGGAGUAUUUCCAGACCCUUGUUUCCCGGGCUAACCCCCCGCUGUAAAGUUGACAUGGUUGUGUAGUCUCUCACACUGCCUGUAUAGUAGCUGUACAUGUUCUUGAUCGCAACCUAAAAUUUGUUUUGACCUCCAGCUUGUCAUAUUCUGGAAUCCGUGUCUGUUAGAUGUUUUACUUCGUUUACUUGUUUCAAACCCGAGUUCCUGGCGCAGUGGCAAAAAAAAGAAUAGAGCAGCAGCUGUCGCAGUUCCGCCCAGUCAUCGGCCUUAAGCUUAAGUUUACGCCCGCCUCCUGGUUCAGCGAAGAGCCAACAAAUCGGAAUAAUGCUGUAUCGUUGUUCAUUACAAUCCACAAUAGAAGUACAUAGAAUAG